AUGGACGACGCGCGAGACGCGACGGGCGGCGAAGGCGCCAGAGGGCGGUGUCAGAAGCUCGCGAAGGCGUUGCGGGGACAGCUGGCGAAGAAAGCGUACGACGCGCUGCGCGCGCACGCGCGGGCGUUUCAGCGCCGGGAGGUGACGACGUCGGAGUUCGCGAAAGUAUUGGUGGAGUGCGCGCGGACGGGGGGGGUGACGAGGGCGACGGCGCGAGAGGUGAUCGCGACGACGCCGUCGGCGUUGGACCGGAGGCGGCUGCGAGAGUGCGUCGGACGGGAUUUAGACGACGACGCGGCGGUGAAAUCGACGCGUGAACGAGAGAAAAAGCCGCACGGAUUUAAGACGGAGCGUCUCGGACCAGGAUUGGUGUGCUUGAGGAAGUUUUUGAGCGUGGAGGCGCAAAUGUGGUUGGCGAGCGAAUCGUUCGCGCUCGGCGAAUCAGGAUCCGACGACGCCGCGCGCGGGCAAGGUUUCUUCGCGAAGAUGGGAGAUGGGACGUUCAAGCUGAAUCAAGGUAGUCGUGGGCGGAUGAUCCUCGAACCCGAUGCGUUUCCAGACGGGAUUUUGACGCAGAUGUGCGAGGACGCGGUGGCGGCGGCGUGCGCCGCGGACGCCGAGAUGCCGACAAACAUGAACCCGACGACGUGCCUGGUAAACUUUUACAAAGACGGCGCCGAGUUCAAGUGGCACAAAGAUAGUGAAGAUCCAAAGCUCGUAAAAUCGCGCACGGGUCCGCCCAUCGUGAGUUUCUCCGUAGGGCUGAGCGGCGACUUUGGGUACAAAUAUUCGUUUGACGAUCCCGAGCACAAAGUCGUGCGCCUGAACUCGGGCGACGUCUUGCUCUUCGGCGGCCCUUCGCGCAUGAUCGUGCACAGCGUGUUAAACGUGUACCCGGGAUCGAUGCCCGGUCACUUGCGUGGGAAAAUGCUCAACGGUCGCUUGAACGUCACUGUGCGAGACAUCGGUUGCGGCGUCAUCGACGCCAGCCAAUUCCCGGCGUACAGAGUCUCCUACGACGGCGUCCAGGCCGACGGCAACGUCUGA